ACAUGAAGCUGGUUUUAUGAUGCCAUAAAACUUGUGUCUACGAUGGGUCACCGAGGGAGGAGGGAGGAGGAGGUCCCCCCCCCCACGUUGUGCCCGCCCUCCUCCUUUGUUUUUCUCCGCCCUCUUCGGCUCGUAUAAACGGAGGCGAGCGGCGGCCGGUCCGCGGGGUUAGCGCGGUCAGCCGUUGGUGAAGAGGCGAACAACAUGGCGGAGCAGCACCACCGGCCCGGUUCACCGGCGACGCUGUAGAACCGCUCCGUGUUACUCCUCCUGCUCGGGGUCAGUGGCCACGUUUCUGGGGGUCGAUUUGCAAAAGGAAACAACAGAGAGGAAAGAGAAAACCUGUCGCGCAGAAGGAGCCGUUAGUGAGGGAAGAUGAGCCGCCGCGCAGCAGACUUCCAGGAGUCGGUGCAGGAAUCCUCCCCGCCGCUGCCCGCUGAUCACAUGCUCGACUCUGCAGCCGUGUUAUUCCCUGGUGCUUUUGAUCAACACGGCUGCCCUCUGAUCGUGUUCCCGGCAGACGAACAAGCCAAACUCUCCUCAGAACUCAGCCAAGCAGAAGUGGUGGACUUCAUAAAUUACUUUCUGUGUCUGCACAAUAAGAGGCAGGAGAAGAGGAGUUUGGUGUCGGCGGUGGCUGAUCUGAGGUCUGCGUCGCUCCAAACCACCAGAUUCGUGGCCGAGACGCUGCUCCUGCUUGAGCGGAACAAGCGGACCGUCCACAGUGUGUACAUCGUUCAGCCCAAAAAGAAGGACGGUGUCAAGCUGCUGCUGAAGCUGCUGGCUCCCUCAAAGUCUCACACGGCCUCGUUCAAGAAAGUGCUGCUGAAAGAAAUCCCCGAGCUCUCCAACCACAUUGACCGAAGCCAGCUAACGGCAUCGUUGGGCGGCUACCUGGUCUACUGUCACCACAGUUGGGUGGCCUUCAUCAAGGAGAUCAAUGCGUUUGUUCAGGAGUUUCUGUCCGUGGUCCAGCGGUUGCCCUCGUGCAUCUCCACCCUGCAGGCGCUGUCCAGGCUGCCUCCGCCCUCCACCUUCCACGAGCUCCGACACUUCUGCUCCACCAACGAAGCCAAGUUCCAGCAGCUGAGGAGGGAGCUGGGCCUGGAUGAACUGCUGAACCACUGCGAGGGUGUCGCGGAGAAGCUACGUCACCCCGAGAAGGAGCCGUGCUACCAGGCGAUGGCCGGCACCGCCCUCUUCACCCACACCGCCUUCGACAUGCUGCAGAACCACAGCAGAAUAACUGCUGCUAUGGAAAAAGUGGAGCUUCUGUGGCAGCAGGCCUUUUCUAAGGCCCGCCUCCAGUUGCAGAUGUUCCAGCUGCGAGAGGACGCCCUGCAGAUCACAGAGCAGAUCAAGACUCUCCUGCAAGAGAAGCUCCAGCCUUACAAAAUAGAGAUCGCCAAGGAUGCUGCGAGGGCAGUGAUGUUGGUGUCAGAAUUUGAAGUGUCCAUUCACACUCCUGCAAUGGCCCUCGUUGGCAGCGCUGAGGAUGUGAUCCACGCAGUGGCGGAGGUCCUUCUGUACGACGGGCAGACCAGCGAGCGCUGGGUUCUGGAUGUGGAGCGGCUGAAGGAGAAACUCUACUCCGCUGUGAACUUCAUCCUCCGAACCCUCAGAGCGGUUUCCAGCUACCACAAACACUACAACAAGGCCGACAGCUGGUACCGCCUGGUCCUGUGCGAGAACGUCCUCCAGCAGCUGCUGUCCGGCGUCGCCGGAGACGACGUCCAGAGCAGGAACUGGGGGACGAUCCCUGCGUGGAGGUACAAGAUGUCCUCCUUCCUGAAGACGAAUCCACCUCCAGAUACGGAGGAGUUGGUCCAUCUGGCUCAUCUGUCCAAAGCCAUUCCGGAUGACGAGAUCCAGGAGGCGGGCAAGCGGAUGUCUCACAGGUGCUUGACCCUGAGGAAACUGCUGAUGACUUCGGGCCCCGUGGCUGUCGGUCACCUCCAGCUGGCCUUACAGUGGCAGUACGAGCUGCUGCGGCGCGGCAGCGUUGGCUCCUCCUCCUCCGCCGACGGAGCGACCGAGCACGUGCAGGACGUCGACCGAGGCGGGAAGGAAGCGAGCAGUCUUCUAGAAAAGUCUGCGUCUACGGUUUCCGCGUUGUCUGAGGGCAAACCCCCCUCCUUCAGCUCCUUCGACUCUGGUUUCGAUGGCGCCGGCACCAACCAGCCGGAGGCGUGUGGGGGCGGGGACUGUGCGAGACGCGCCGAGAGCCAGCCUGGGCUCCACCAAGAGAACGGCGCCGGUGUCUCGGGCGGCGAGGACCCCAGAGAGGAGUUUGACUUUGGCUCCUUGGGGAACUCCUCCAGGGCCAGCAUCCGUGUCGUCCCCAAGGCGGCCGUGGAGUCCCUCAACCUGGAGAUCAAAGUGAAGCGCUCGGCGCCGGCGCCCAACAACCCCUGGCUCAGCUUACCGAUAGACGAUCUGGAGAACUCGUACACGGUCACCAUCACGCAGAACCCGACGCCGCAGAAGAGCGCGCUGCAGUCCCGCGAGCCCGCCGACCCCGACCAGCCCGACGGGUCUCGAGAUCAGCCCACGCAGACGGAGGCUCUGACCGGCACGCCGCCCGCGCGCCCACUGAGCGCGGACUGGAGGAUGCGCCCGCAAAGCAGUCCAGAGGAUCGCCACAUCCUCUCCAGCACGAUCACACAAGGAGGAGACGGGUCGGUCUGCACCACGGAGGGGAUCCCUACGCUCCUCUGGGACUCGUAUGACCUCCGCGACCAGAAUCCGGAUGCUGUGGACGGUGUGCUGGAUGUCUCCCUAAAUGACUGGGAUGUGAAGGAGCAGGAGGACCUGAGGGCAGUGGAAAUGAUUCUGGACCGGGCAGAUGAAAUCCUGGAGAAAGAGGAAAACGUUCUGGCUCAGGAGGCGGUGCUGGACGCCCUGCUGAGGUCGGAGGAGAUGCACCAUCAGUGGCCCCCGUGGGACGGUGAGGACCAGCUCGGUGCGAUGUCGUCCAGUGAGCUGGCUGAAGCUGGUGUUCUCGGCCUGGAGGAUUACCUCGGCCCCGCAGACUCGGACUACCUCUGUGAGCCCAGACCAGCUGGAUCUGCCAGCGAGACUGACGCUGCCACGGGGGAUUUUCCCAGCAAGCCGGACCUGCGGACGGAGAUGAGGAAAGUCCAGAUCCUGGAGGAGCUGAUUAUGGAGGAGAACCUGAAGAUCCAGGACCUCCGGAGCUGCGACGGCAACGCUGAAGAGGAACUCUAUGUGGGGGAACCUCUGGAUGCCAACGGGCUGUCGCGUAUGAGCGAGGAGAGGCAGGCUUUUCAGCUACAACUGGCAAAGGAGAAACGGGAGGUGGAGAAGCUCGAGAAGAGUUUGGACAAAGAACGUAAAGCGAAGAAGCACAAGGGCCAAACCAGAAGGGUUGUGAGAUGUUCUGUAAUGGAGAAGGCUAGAAGUCAGGAUAAGGAAGACCUCUGGCUGUGCGACGAGCUUUUAGCAGGUAGCUGUAGAUCACCGAGGACACAUUCAACACCUUCGGUCCAGAAGGAUUCUCAGGAAACCUGUAAAACUGAAAAUGUUCCAGCUGUGUCUGGUCCCGAUGUUGCCAAAGACGCUACACCAGAAGACACUGAUCCACCUCCAGAUUCCCAAUGUCAAGCUGAUUGCUCCCCAGCAUUUAUUAAAGCCCCCUCAGAUGUGAAGGAAGCCCCGGAGGAGGUGCUAAUCCAACAUCCGGGUUCUCUCUAUAGGAGCAAAUUUGACAAAUCCUGUGAAGAUGCGUCGUCGCCCUCUAGAAUUGAGCCAGAUGUUGCCGCGUUUGACCCGGGGGGGAAAUCAUACGGCCCCCUCGUUCCCGAGCCAAGACCGGCUCCACUUCCUGUGAACCACGACACCGUCGCUGAGCACGAACCUCCUCCUGACGCAGAGCUGCAGGAUCCAGCUCGGCCCGCCGGUGCCUCUGAUCCCGCUUUGGUGACUCAGCCUGAGGAUGCCAGUCAAACCGUAGUCCGUCCAGAUGUGGAGGAACGCAGCAGCAGCCGCAACAACAAUAAUAACCAUGUGCUCACAGAGAAAUGCAACGUUUCAUUGGAACACUUGUCUGAAAUAACCGCUGAAUGUGAGGAGGAUGCAUCAGAAGAAGAUGCAGAGGAGGACCAGACUGUACCUGCUGGUGGGCAGUCGGCUCCCCAGCUGCCCCCGGGCCGACCUCUGGGCUUUGACCCCGGUGGAAGAGAUGAGCAGAGCGAAGGCUUCGCUGUUGGCUUUCAGAGCUCGGAGGCCAUGAGGAUAUCGGGCUCCGGGUCACCUGGGAUUCGGGCCCAGCUAAACAUCAACACGAGAGAGAUGACAGAUUUCAAGACCCCCAUCGUCCUGGAUACGGGGUCCGGUUUGAUGAAAGCCGGAUUUGCAGAUCAAGACCUCCCAAACAUUAUAUUCCCAACAAUUAUUGGAAUGCCAAAAUACGAGGAAAUAAUGAAUGGGAACCUUGAAAGAGAAAUCUACAUUGGACAUGAGGCUCAACACAUGAGAGGAGUUCUGGCUCUGAAACAUCCCAUUAAGAACGGGAUCAUUCGCAGCUGGGAUGACAUGGAAAAGAUUUGGCAUCACACCUUCCAGCAGCUGAGCGUGGAUCCAGACGAUCACCCCGUCCUGCUCACCGAGGCGGCCAUGAACCCCUCGCAGAACCGCGAGCGCAUGGUGGAGAUCAUGUUCGAGUGCUUCAAUGUUCCCUUCACCUACGUGGCCAUGCAGGCGGUGCUGGCGCUCUACGCUGCAGGGAGGUCGACUGGUGUGGUGUUUGACUCUGGAGACGGAGUCAGCCACAGCGUGCCUGUGUUCGAGGGCUACUGUCUCCCUCAUGCCGUGCAGCGCUUCCCUCUGGCCGGUGCGGACGUCACCCUGCACCUGAAAAAGCUUCUGCAGGAACAAGGGGUGAGCAUGCGCACCACGGCGGAGAUGGAGAUCGUGAGGGAGAUGAAGGAGAGCUGCUGCUGUGUGGCUGUCGACUACGACGCCGAGCUGAGUCGGGGGGCCGACCCCUGCAGAGAGAAGCAUUACAGCAUGCCGGACGGACAGAUCGUCACACUCGGCACGGAGCGGUUCAGGGCUCCUGAGAUUCUCUUCAAACCCGAGCUGAUUGGACGGGAUCAUUACGGGAUGCACGAGAGCAUCUUCAAGUCCGUCCUCAGCUCAGACAUCGACCUGCGGCGCUGCUUCCUGGGAAACAUCGUGCUCUCGGGCGGGAACACGCUGCUGCCGGGCCUCCCCGAGCGGCUCCGGGCUGAAAUCAGAGGGCUGGUUCCCCCCGACGUGGGGGAGAGCGUCCGCGUCACCACCCCCCAGGACAGGGACUUCUCCGUGUGGAGCGGGGGGGCGGUGCUGGCCAACCUGCCCACCUUCUGCGACGCUUGGAUCAGCCAGGAGGAAUACGAGGAGCACGGGCCCCAGAUUGUCUUCAGGAAGUGCUUCUGAGACGGGCCGCUUGACGCCAUGUCCCCCCCCCCGAAGUGCAAUCGCGUACGGUGCCGUUUUAAGGCUUUCAUGUAUUUGUCUUGAGUUCUUUGGAGUCUGUUUGACCUUCGUCAUCACUAGAUUUUAUCUACUAGGAUCCAACAACAUUAUCGAUGAAAUCUGUUUGUCCAUGAAAUUCAUGUCAGUUGGUGUCCGAAAGAACCUUUUAUUUGUCUUAAGUUUCCCUUUUUGGGAAAGUAUUUCUGUCUCGAGACUUUAAGAGCAAGUGUGUUGAUGUUUGUGGUUUAAGGGACUAGAAUUGAAGCUGGCCUUUGAGACUGUUUCAGGAAUAAGCUCACAAAGACAACUCGAUGUGCCGACUCCAAAUUAUAUAUUAAUCUAAUAUCAAUUUAUAAAGUGUAUUUAUCCAACAAGUUAAAGUGAAUGUGUUUUUUAUGUGAUAUAAAUGGUGACUGUUGCGUUCCUGUUCAGUGUGAUGUUCAGAACAAGGAUUUUAUUUUUUGUAUCGCUGCAUUAUAUUGAUUAUUGGGGCCACUCGUAGGAGAAUUAUUGGUAGAAAUAGUUCAUGUUUUUACUGUUAAUUAAUUUCCCCUCAAAUUAUUAACUUUUAUUUUAAAAAUUGUAGAAUUUUUCAAAAGUAUUUCUUUCCUAGUUGUGAUGUGGCUUUUUUUAUAACCUAUAUUGCUUUUAUUCUUUUGCAAACAGUCCUUUUUAUUUCUAAAAUCUUUUAUAAUAUUUAUACAUCGCAAAUCUUUUUCCCGUCAGUGGCCCCAAUACUCCUGAAACGAAUCGAAUCAAGACGUGAUUCUGCAUCAGUAUUCUGCAGUAACGUGAGCUGGAGAGGAGAAUCUGUUCUCAGAAUAAGAAGUAAAGGGUUUUGUCACCCACUUGUCGAUCCUCCACUUGAGUGAACUUUUGGUUUUGGGAAAGUUGGUAUGAGGAUUUUAAUAUGAGGAAUGAGUGCCGCCAUCACUUGAUUAGUCUGUUGGAUGAGCCGAUGAUGUUAAAUGCUACUGCUGCAUGUGAAGAGUUUCGUCCAUUUUCUGAAGUUGAAGUUCUCUUUAAUGUUUUCUAUUUGACUGCACUGUUUUAAUACCUUCCGAUCUGAUAAGUGUUUAUUUAUAACACUUGCACAGUAGUGUUGAUAUUUUUGAAAGGUGUUCCAAUGGUGCCAAACUGCUGCAUUUAUCUCAAUACUAUUGAUUCCAAAAACCCACUUUCCCAAUCCUGUGUAUAUUUAUACUUAAUCGGUUUUAUUGGAUUGUUCUGUUUUGCAUGCCGUUAUUUUGUUGCAUGUGAUUUAUGUGCACUUUUGCAUGUUUUCCUUUGGCUUUAUGUGAAGUGCCCCUUUAAAGGCAUGGCGUUUAUCGUGAGACCUUAAGUUCAUCUCUUAACUGGAAAUCUACACUAAAUGUGACUACUUCUGCACACAAUACUCUGAUGCACUCUGUGUGCCUUGUUUACUUGGUCUCCUCCUGAACGUACCUGAACUGUCUGGACUCGCAAUGUUUCACCAAAACCAUGAUGUUUCUGUCAUGUCCAGUUUUUAUAAUAAAUAUUUUUAAAUCUA